GCGAUUGUUCUUAAUCAUUGUUCAGGAUUCUGCAUCGGUUACACGCGGCCUUUUUUUAUUAACUGAAAAAAGUCGACUCGAUAUCUUUCCAGGCCCUAGUCUCCAUAAAAAUUCAAUAAUCUACGGAUGUUCCCAUAAACUGGGAUAUCUGACAUGACAUCGGGACGUUCACCUCGGCAAGGUUGUUGUGGUCUCGGCCCAGCCAGAGAACUCGCCGCCAUCGGCGUCGCGGGAAUCGGCACGCUGCUUUUGCCUUCUCUAUCUAUAUUUUUACCCUUUUUGCCUGAAUUUUCUCUUGACGCUUCUAGCGUUUCUAAUCUAAUUACUUUCCAUGGAUACAUAAAGCGACCCGAGAUUGUUCCAUGGUUUAAUUAUUCGGUGAGCGACUAAAGACUUUUACCCCUUCCAGCUGCCGACGCGAACCAAGGUUGAAGACCAGUAAGGCAAAUCUACUCCGUGAGAC